UUUCACAGGUAGGUAUUUUUGCAACAAAUAUGUAUGACGUAGAGCCUGUAUAAUGGCCUAUAAAAUGUGUAUUACAAAGGACUGUAUAGUUGUCAUCGAGGAAAGACCUUCAGGAGUAUAUGACCAGACGUGCAAAUCGGACUUAGAGAUAAGCAACAUCGACUGCAGUGUGAGAAAAGGGUAAUAUUUUUUGUUAAUUUGAAAAAAACCACAACCUUCGGAGCACGAUGGCUUUACGAACCAUCUUGAUGGCGACGACGAUGACGACUCUGCUGGACGUCAUCGUUGGGCAGACGACAUCGAUGCCCCUUCCUCCUCCACUCCCUACCUUUCAAGAAGAAGCAUUCCCGGUCUCGAUCCCGAUACGACUGACAACACCUAUGUUUUACGUGGGAACACAAGGAGUAGCAGCACCAUUUGAUCUCAAUCCUUACCGUACAACAAUAGCCCCACCCUAUUCUCCAAGAACGGAACUCGUCAUCGAGUGUCCUUAUGGCUUCGAUCAGAUCUCAACCCCUUGCGGAUCACCAGAGAAAGAACUACUUUGGCCGGAAUGCGACGCUGCAACUCUACACGUGAUGCAUAGAUUCAGUAUAGACGGGUACGAUUAUUGUCUGGACGCUGUUCCUACAAUCCUUGGAUACCUGGGGCCCUCUGCCACCGAUGACGGCAACGAAACGACUACCCUCAGAUUUCCAGUUGUUACUAUUAACUGGCGGGGCAUGAUCAAUAUUACAAACGACCAUCGUAUGCAGAAUGGCAUAGACACUGCACUAGAUGAGGGGCUUAUAAGUAACGUCUGGACCAGACCUUGUGCAGAUUUCAUCGAGUACGGGGUAACAUGUUCACUGAAUGCAGACCACAAUGACUCGAUUUCGUCCUUGCCCGCAGGGGCAGAUUGUGACGAAGAGUAUUUCGUUGGUGACCGGGAAGCUUUCAUGCCAGUCUGGCAUAAUGGAUCGUUCCUUCUCUUCUUCAAUGGAACCUACGUUACACCAUCUUGGUGGAGUGGUAGAUCUACCUUCGACAUCGUCCGGUCGAACCCAUUCGAUUUUAGUCGUCAAGAUAAAACACAAGAACUAAGAGUGUGUGGUGUACAAAAGGCGAUGAUCAACUGCCACAUCAUCCUAUCAGAAGAUCAGUAUCUUCUCAAAGACAGUGUUAAUUCGACUGCCGUCAUAUACAACGGAACAGAAUAUCAAGAAGACUUGUUUGAAUACGUGUCCAACAACUCUAUCAGAAUCUGCAUUAUCCAUGAUAACUUUUCCACUGUUCAGGAAGGAAUAGACGAAAACAUGAAGCCAGAACCUGUGAAUGUCCAGUUAAUCUAUAGCCAUGUUCUGUUCGCAAUAUCAACAUUGUGUCUGGUUUUAUUGGUCGGAACCUACUUGAUAUUUUCUGAACUUCGGAACUUCCAGGGAUGCGCCAUUCUGACCUUUGCUGUAACUUUGCUGAUUUCCCAAAUUUGUCUCCAGUAUGUCGCUCCUUAUGCACGUCGCACAACGGCUCUGUGCCAGGUUGUGGCGGUUCUUGCGCAUUUUACGCUUCUGUGUGCUUUUGCCUGGAUGACUCUUCUUGCAUUUGACCUGUGCCGAAGCUUCAAAGGAACCCAGACCCGCACACACCACAGCCCUAACAGUCGUCUCAGACGCUACGCUCGGUAUUCACUGGUCGGAUGGGGUGUGCCACUUCUUCUAGUAAUUGUCUCCCUUGGACUGCAUUUCACGGAAAAUGAUAUACUCCCGCUCGAGUACGGAUCAGGGAGAAAUUGUUGGGUGUAUCCAGUUCUUUCCAACAUUGUCUUUUUCAUUGGUCCAAUCGUGUUGUCCUUGGUUGCCAAUGUCGUUCUCUUCGCCAUCACUGUUGUUAGUAUUUGCAGGACGACAAAGAUGACCAGGAGUACCCUCCGAAAGGACGGAUCACAAAGGAAUGUGAUAGCUGAACUGCUCAUCUAUUUCAAGAUAUCUUGUCUAAUGGGAUUCAGCUGGUUGUUUGGUCUGAUAGCCGCCCUGGGUACGACGCCAGCUCUCUGGUACAUCUUCAUAACGGUCAAUGGUCUCCAAGGCAUUUCGGUCUUUUUCUCCUUCGGCCUCAAUGCCAGGGUAAGAAAAUUAUGGAGGAAAAGGAUGGCACCAUCAAAGUCAGGGUCGAGCAGUGGAAGCUCUCACAAGACCAAGAAGACCAGUUCUGUGUAGUGGGGUUUCCUGCAACUUACGUACUCUAACUUAGGGGUCUGCAGUCUACUCUAUAAAGUGAUAAAUUCAUCAUCUGAAGUUCUAUCAACGUGUAUCCAUUUGAUGCGAGACAUGUUUGGUGAUCAGGUGGAUGUCUUUUGCCAUAUUCCUACAGGGCACCGUAUAAGCGUAAUCCGAUUAGAUCAAAACUAUGGAUAAAUCCAAUAACGGAGAGUUUGGUUAAGACCAGAACGGUCAUCUCCCUUUAGUGAUCUGUCUGAAUACUUGAUCUUUGUUGAAGCUUUUAAAGAAUUAUAAAAAAAAAAAAUGUCUGAAGAUCAGUUCAGUAAUAUUCUAUUGUAGGGGCAACGUCAAACUGACACUCAAUGUAACGAUCUACAGGUGCAGAAGAUCACAGAAAGUUUUAAGUAAUUUUGUCUAUUGAUGUAAACAUUUGUAUUACGUUUCUCAAAAUUUUACCGCAGGACAAGGCACUUUUAAGGCUAAAACAAUAUUUGGUUGUAAUCGACCUAUAUGAAGUGGGGCCGACUAUUUUUUAAAAUUAGUAUUUUAUUUGUUAACUAUUUAAAACCAAAAACACGUCAAAAUUUUUCAUCUAAAGGUUGUUUCCUUGAUAAACUAGCAGCGAGCAUCAAAAUAAUGUAGAGAUAAAGGGUGAUCACCCUGUAAGGUGGGACGCGUGCAUGUUGCUUAGCAUUUUGGUAGCACAGGCGACCAAAUCUAUGCAAAAAAAAUAUUAACUAACAGUGAUCGUUGCUCGCCAAUGACCUCUGAUCGACACUUUAUCACUACUACGUAGUUUUAUUUGAUUUAAUGGAAUAAGUUUUACUCUGUCAAUUAAUAAAAUAUAACCAUAAAUUGUCUUGCAUCCUAUUUCCUUCUUGUGUAUUUGCUGUUUUGAAUGAUUCUCAUCUGGGCUCUUCGAAGAGCGAGUACCCUCACAUAUUAAGUGUCGAUUUCCGCUA